GUUCCACUGCAGGUCGACAGAGGGAAACCUCGGACCCUCUUCCUCCUCCUCCAACCUCAGACAAUAAAAACAAGGCGAAGCCCGCACACACACACACACACAUACACACACAAACACACACACGGCAGCAGCAGCAGCAGCAUCUCCAUUCACAGCCGGGUAUCCGAGCCUAAUGUCUGAUGAGGAGUGAGGGGCUCACACGGAGCUGGGAGGAAUAUGGAAACACGGCCGACAUGGAGCUGGGAUUAGAGAUGUAGCUGCAAGGAUGUCAGCCGACUUCAUCUCCCGAUUCCUCCUCGUCUUCGCCUCGAUCUGCGCGGUUUGGGAGACGCUGGCCAAGUCUCUCCCAGAUCAGGGAGCAGUGGGUAAGCUCGGCUCACGGGUGGAUGCAGCAGCAGCAGCAGCAGCAGCACAAUGAGGAGGAGAUGGGAGUGGUUGCAUUUUUAUGGCUUUUGUCGACAUUAGCGUCGAUCCUUGCAGCGCUGCGCUUUGCUCUCCUGCUGACAGGCAGACAGAUAGAGAGACAGAGGGGUGUGAAGGAGGCUUUUCUGCUCUAUUAUCAACGUCUGAUUGUUUAGAUUCCUUCAUAUAUGUGACAGAGAGGGCCACGCUGCUGUCUGAAUAUAUGUGUGUGUGUGUGUUUGGUGUUGGAGUCAGAUUCUCCUGCUGGGCCUUGGAUUGAAUCUUUAGUAAAGUCAGGCCUAACCUGCUGUAACCCGGGCCUUCAGAUCUGACAAAAACAAUCCUGACAACAGUGAGACUGAGGAGGCCUGAGAUCCUGCUAACCAAAGACAAAGAGCAGAAACACUGAUCCUGGAUAAAAACACACACACACACCUCUGUUUAUACUGUGCUGUGUGUGCAUGUUUGAAGGACAUUAUGUAAUUACUGUGCAUUAUUCAUGCUUCAAGCUAUUCUGAUCUGCAUGGAUGCUCUCAGACAGAGCUGCCCUGUAACUCAGUACAUGUACUCGAGUACUCUCCUCCUUCAGAGUAUUAAUACUUCUGCUGCUGCAGCUGCUGCACAUGUACACAGUGUUUACAUUUGGACAGACUGUACUUUUUACCCAACUAACAGAGAAAUGUGACCAGGACUGGGCGAUAUAUUGAUAUACAAUUAUCGAUAUUGGACCGUACUGCAUAUAUAGAUAUACAGAUAUCAGAUGAUGUUGUUGACAAGCUGGUGUUUCUCGCACAAAGAAGGACACACUUGUCUGUCCUCUAACGUCGACCUGAAGACAAAACAAACUGUUUAACAAAGUCAAAAAGAAAGAAAAGGGGGAAAUGUUAGACUGUUAAGAAGAUAAGAAAGAUGGAUAAAUAAUCUUAAAAUGAUGUUUUGAGCACUUUAUUCUGUUCUGUCUUUAUACGUAUAAAUGCCGUCCUCACUAGGGUUCGUCAUAUUUAAUUCUUUUGUCGUGUUCGUUGUUUGCAUCUGUGGAUUUGUUAGAGAGAAGAAGAAAAUCUGCAUUUUGUUUUGAAUCAUCCAUUUAUAGUUGUGAAAAUGUUGAUACUUUUCUCAUAUAAAUGAAUUUAUUUCAGAAAAAGAUCGUCCUGUUUUACUUUAGGGCUUUUUUAUUUAAGAUGUGCGCCUUAUGGAGCUCCAGUUUAACACUCCUGUGGUUCUACAGUAUUUAUAUUUACAUUUUAUUGUUUAUUGGGUUUAAAUAGAACUAUUUGUGACAUGUCAUAUUUGGCUUUGACUGUGACUAAACAUUUGCUCUCACUUUGCAAAAACAAUAUCAGGAUAUAUAUUGUAUAUCAGCCUAUAUAUAUCGGGAUAUGACUUUUGGUCCAUAUCGCCCAGCCCUAUAUGUGACUGUUAAUAUUUUAGACCAGGAGUUUUCAAAUUGGAACAGGCUGCAUGAUCGAUAAAGCUCCGUAAAGGUUGUGCAGAGAUGUAGAACUUUUCCUUGUAAUAUUUUAACUAAAUAUUCUUUUGCAUAUUUAACUUUUGUGGGGUUUUUUAGCCAGUAGGGUGAAAAAUUCCCCAAAUUUUUUUUUAACCAAAACACUCUUUUUUUUUUUUUUUUUUUUUUUUUUUUUAGAGAGUGAAAUCAUUUUUGUUGAGAAAGUUUAAUUUGACAUAUAGUUUUAAUUUUCUUUAACAAAAAUUUUACAAGGUUAAAAAUGCACUGUGUACAGACUUACUCACCUUUGGUUGCUUUGUGGCUGUUUUUGGCCACCGACUUUAGCUUCUGUAAAAACAAACCAGAUAAAUAUUUUUUUCAAUUUUUUUUUGCACAAAUCUCCUCAUGAAGCUCAGUCCUUAUCAUAACAUUUAUUACUAUUAUUAUUUCAUGAGGAAUUUUAACCCUUUAAAUGCCAAAUUCAGAGGUGAUGUCAUUGAUUUGGGUAAAAAUCACAUUGUAUGACAAAUUUUUAAUAUCAAAAGUGAUCAGAGGCUGACGAUUUUUACCUGCUAUCACACCUUUAGGUAUGUCAAAUAUUAGUAACAACAUUAACAUUUUUUUUUUACCCUUUUUGGCCUUUUUACAGAUAAAAACUCACACGUAAAAGACAAUCAAUCUUUUUAUGUCUUUUUCCAAAUGUAAGUUAAAUUGCAGUGUGAAUGUAAAUAUAGAAAUAGGCCACAUAGAUUCUUUACAGCACAUGUCUUGUAUCUCUAUAUCUGGACAGUUCAGUCAAGUUUAGAAGGUCAACAUGCACGCGACACUGUCACCAUCACGGAUAUUCAAGAAAACACUCGACAGAUUGAUGAAGGUUUUGAGACAAAUGUGAUUUUUAAACAUCAACAGAAGUUAUUGAUCAUGUCUGAGUGAGUCCGCUGUGUUUAUCAGUAAGGUUGAUUUUGUGUUUUGAUCGAAGUAGGAGAGAGAUUUGAUUUGAAAAGGAGAAAAUAAACUAAAAGAUAUAAAUUCUGAAUAACGUUUAAUAUCCUGCAUCCUUAAAAAAACCAUCAGCAUCAGUUUCCUCGAUGAAAAUCUAAAACUGGUGGACCCUCAGUAAAGUUUAGACUCUUACCACAUUAUCCCCGUGGAUUUAAUCCAUUUGGACAUUUUAGUUGUUUUGUAAUUCUCCACAAAAACAGCGGUUAUAUAACGGCCUCUCUGCUCAGCAGGGUCGUACCUUUGCUUUGAAAUAACAAGGUUGGGGUUCCCUCGAUAUAAUCAGAAGAGGAGUUUACAAGGAUUCCUGCUGUUGCUACAGGAAAGAUAACAGAUUAGAGUUGUUCACAGAAGGUAGUUUGAACAAAUAUAUAUGGAUUUGUCUUUUUCUCUGCACGAAGACUUUCACUUUUAUCACACUCUGUUUCACUCCCAGAAAUCUCUCUUUAUUGUUCUCGUCUCUGCUGCCGUUUCCAGACCCGAUCUCUUCCUCCAUCUCUCGCUCAGACAAAGUUAUUCUUUAGCCUCUAAACCGCGACCCCUCUGUUGGUUAAUACAGGCUAAUGCAGAUUUAAUUGUGAUGGAUUUUUGCUCCUGUGUGGCUGCCCGACUGAUUAAAACGUGGAUUCAUUGAUACCUGGGGUGUGUUUUGGACCAGCUCAGCUCUUCUCCUGACCUGCAGUUAUUUGGAAGGUGUUGUUAAAGUGAUGAGCGUGAUAAAGAAGCUGCACGGCUGCAGACUGAGGAGGUUAUUGUGUUUAUAGAUGAAACAAUAAGUCGAUAAAUGAUUGAAGCUGAAGUACGACCACCACUGUGAUACUGUUUUCUUAUUUUAAUCACAAUAUUAAGUUGGUUUUUGGUAUAUUUCAUCUAGGGCUGGGAGAUAUGGAAAAAUUUAUCUCAUAUCAGUCAAUAUCAAUAUAUAUCAUGAUUUAAAAAAUGACAUUUAGCUGUGCGUAUUGGGAGCAUGUCUUUUGCAAUACAAUAAGCUACUGCAUCUGAGGUCUUUGUGUCUCUUCGACGUUUGCGCUGUUAAAGUGCGAUGGUUUGGUGUAGCUGCUGUCUGCUAUGACGCAGUUUUUCACUACUUGGUUUUUAUUCAGCACAUGAUUGGUUCAGCACAAAGUGGACCCGGAGAAACUUCCCUUUUCAUUGGCUGUUCGUAAAUUUGGUUAAAAGCAUAUUGAACAUGUUUUAUAUUGAUAUUGAGGGAAAUAAUUUUAAAUAAAUAUCGUUAUCGUUUUAUCGCCCAGCCCUAAUUUCAGCUAUCAUGUUUCUCAUAAAAGAAAACAGACUUUCAGUUGAUCUUUUUUUUUGCAUUUUCUGAUCUGAAUAAUUUACUUUCGUUGUUUUCUGCAGCUUUAUUAUCCUUUUUAUUUUAAGGUUUACACGAUGAAUGAAAUAUAAAGAACUUCAAAUAGUCAUGGUAUUUUAGAAUUAAAUCCGAGAAAUGCUUUACAAGGACAGCAAAAUUAACAGAGAGGUCAUAAAACAACAACAUCCAGAAUUAGUAAGGAUGUAAAAUUAAUUUAGCAGAACACUAAAGUGCUUUAAAAGAGUUCAAUGAAAGGGUUAAAUCUGGAGUAAGGAAAUGCAGGGAAGGUCAUUAAACAGGAAGGUCAUAAAACAACACGAGGCAAGAUCCAGAAUUAGUAAAAUCAUAAAAUUAAUUUAGCAGAACACUAAAAAGAAAUAAAAUGCUUUAAGAGAGUUCAAUGAAACAGUUAAAACUAGAGUUAGGAAAAGCUCUAUGAUAAAUGUAUGUUUUCUGCAGCCUUAUUAUUCUUUUUAAGGUUUACACAAGGAAUGAAAUAGAAAUUAGUAAUGGUAUUUUAGGAUUAAAUCUAAGAAAUGAUUUACAGGGACAGAAAAAUUAAACAGGAAAACAACAUUAGGCAGGAUCCAGAAGUAGUACAGACGUUAAAUUAAUUUAGCAGAAUACUAAAAGUAAUAAAAUGCUUUCAUAGAGUUCAAUAAAAGGGUUUAAAACUGGAGUUAGGGAAAUGUUCAACAAUAAAAUUAUGUUUUCUGCAGCUAAAUUAUCCUUUUUAAGGUUUACACAAGGAAUUAAAUAUAAGGAACUUAAAAUAGUAACAGUAUUUUAGAAUUAAAUCUAAGAAAGGAUUUACAAGGACAGCAAAAUUAAACAGGAAGGUCAUAAAACAACAUGAGGCAAGAUCUAGAAUUAGUAAAGAUGUAAAAUUGAUUUAGCAGAAUACUAAAAUGCUUUAAAAGAGUUCAAUGACAGGUUUAAAACUGGAGUACGGAAAUGCUCAACGAUAAGAGUAUGUUUUCAGACGUCCGUUUAAAUAGAUCACUGCCUCAGCUGACCUGAUCUCCUCAGGCGGAUCACUGCAGAGUUUUUAACCCCUCACUGCAAAGACUCAGUCCUGACACACGCAGUAGACCUCUGUCGAAGGAUUUCAGUGUACGCGGGUCUUAAAUGAUUUUAGUUGAAUCUUAAAAUCAUUUCUAAAACGUACAGUGAGCCAGUGUAAAGACACUUCUAGAUCUGGACACAUCUCUCACAUCUCAAAAAUCAGGUUUGGUUUUAUCUGGACUGCAGAGGUAGAAGCUGAGGAGUUUUCACUCCACUGACGCUCAGCUGAACUCGAGUGUUUGGAGAGGCGGAAAUUUCCCAGACUCUUGAUGUGACACUGUGACUCUGAGUGUUUCUGUCAAUGGAGCCUCAGUGUUUCAAUGUGGAGGAAAUCCUCGUCUCCACAAACCCACAAGGGAGCCUUUAUUGAACCAAUUAUGGUGGAGCUGUACAGCAAUUACACACAGAGACAAAAGGUACAAACACACAAACACACACACUCAUAUGCAUGCCGGGUAUAAUCCGAGUGCAGCCAUUAGCCUGUCUCUGGAGGCUCGGGGGGGUUCGAGGAUGACAGCUCGCGGUGCUACAGGGAGCUGAGCAACAACAAGCCAGCUUUUGGAGAGUCAGCGUGUAUCCAUGGAAACAUCCCCCAGCGUGACCCACAUCCUCCCCGAUCAGGAGGCUGAGAGAUGAGAGACAAAAUGUUCCUGGGCUGACAAACAGGAGAGGAUGACGGGUAGACGCCGCCACGCCGUGGAUUUAUGAUGGAGCGUUGGUCUGUUAUGAUGAUGACUGCAAACAACAUCAUCAUCAUCAUCAUCGUCACUUUAAUCCGCCGCUACUGGAAAUGAUUAGUCUGCACCAGAUCACCAGGGGAGUUACGGUGCGUGAUGGUGGUCUGACAGGACAGGAAGUUAGUCACGCGCUGAGGAGUGUUUGUGUCGUCCAGCUCAAAGACGGUCUGAUCAGCUUUUUCAUUCAAUAUAUUCAAACCAUAGACUGUAUCUAGAACGGACGCCGUCUGCCUCCUCGCUGGGUGAAGCCACUCUGAGAACAGCACCCUCUGGUGACGGGCUGCAGUAUAGGUCAUAAAUCCGGCCUAGCCUAUGGGCGUACGAAGAUUGCGUAGAUCACCCGGGGAUACGCUGUUUCCGCCGAGUGUCAUCACAGCGACUCUCCCGCCGAAUGCGUACGAUGUUACUCAGCAAUGUUGGUUUCAGGAAAUGGAGAAAAAACGCAGAAUUACCGAGCGCUUUUCAGCUUCAAAUCUGUAAACUGGAAGGCAGAACCAAGUUGUUCAGAGUCGAUACAGUCUAUGAUUCAGACCCGGGCUCUAGGUGUGACCACGACACAAGUCCAAAUCCAGAACCUGGUGGUUGUAGCUGUUUACGCCCCAGUAUCAAGUUUUUUAUGUGCUGAAUAAUGAUGAAAAUAAGCUCAUGAUUUUAAACGACGAAACUGAAAUAAGAAAUAUGCUCAUUUUAGAUUUAAAGGUGGGGUCCUCCUCUCCCCUCCCUCUCUGCUCCAGUAAGCCCCGCCCACAAACAGACGCUCCUGCUCACUCGUAUCGUUCCAGUUAAAUUCAGAUAUAAUGCAGAUAAAUACUUCAGAUCAUUACAAAUGGGGCCCAGUCAAGGUGAAAGUCAAAAGCAUUGGUGCUAUUGUAGAUGUCAACAAUCCGUUUUUAUCCCAUCAACUGUGAAACUCUGGUUUCCCCCAACAGAACAUGGUCUUUACAGAUAUUUGGAGCAGCUGUAGAAGUUGUGAGUGAGGCGGGUUUGAAAUAUCUCCAAACAGCUGAAGGUUUUGGCAGAGCGGCUUUCUCUUCCACAGACACUUGGACUUUGAAAUAACUCUGAACUGAUUCCCUCUUUAUUAUCUUCGGUGUUAAAACACGGUUCAGCUGUCGUUGUUUCCCACUAACAGUUCCCCUUUUCUGAAGGUCAUCUGAGACGAGAUCUUCGCUGUGCUGCAUAAUGAUGUUGUCCUUGGUAGAGGCCCAAGGGUACCUCAGUAUAAACCUACUGUUCAAAGCUACCACAAGGUGAUCCCUAUGUAGAGCGGCUACUGAUGUUAGUUUAUUAUUAGGGCUGCAGCUAUUGAAAAUUUUAGUAAUCGAGUAUUCUACCGAAUAUUCCAUCAAGUAAUCGGUAAAAUAAAUAUAUAUUUUUUUUGUUUAAGUGCAAUUAUUGCAGAACAAGAGUCUGUGACAGCGGAUUGCAGUGCUCAUAAGAAAGCUAAUUGCUCCUCAUGAUAUCAGGGCUUCCAAGUUUCAGAAAAUGACCAGAGUAAGACUUUAGCCUUACAAUAUGUUCGGCCUUUUUAACGUUGAUUAAUACCUUAAGACUGACUCCCUCAACGUCAUACCCGAGUUCCCAGGAUUUCAGUUACCAAGUUGUCCGAAUGUAAGGCAAGCGCUAAAAUAACUUUCCUUGAUGUAGUUCAACCAUCUUGUUUCCGCCUCCGAUUUUGUUCUUUUCCAAAUUGGAAACUGAAACGCGGGGAACUCGGGCGUGACGUCAUUUUCAGCUCCGACAUCUGACUUCAGAGGAAACUCAAACGCAGUAUUAGGCACGAAGGACUGAUGGAUUGCUCUAGGACUGGUUAUCUCUGUCAGUCAAUCAGAGUUACUCGAACUACGUCAAGCCAAGUUUAUUAUCAUCAUGAAAAAAAUAAAUUAAGAAAGCGUAUUGAACGGGGAAACGUUAGCAUGAGAAAUGUCAAGUGUGGCGUGCGGUGUGUGAACGGGUCAAAUUGCGUGACGCUUGGCAGCUCUGUGAUAUUAGCUUUUUAAUCAUGUCCCCAAAGACAUUAGUGUCCGUCGGCGCUGGUGACGUAAGCGCGUUGUGUCACCUUGAAAAUAAUCAGUGCGAAACAGUGACGGUUUGGGUUUAUAGACAAGUAAACGAGUAAUCAUUUUUUGUAGUUGAAGUACUCGAGGGAUCGUUUCAGCCCUAGUUAUUUCAGAUAUUAAAAAUGAUAAUAAUAACCACCUUUGUUAGCGUCUUCGGUGACAUUCGAUGAUCUGAAUCUCAUCGUUUCCUCUUUCUGUUUAAUGACCUGACCACUCUCUUUGUCUUCUCCUCCAGAGGUCCAGAUCAAAGUCCAGGUCUUCGACAAUAGCGACCUGUCACCAUUGGCGGACGCUCAGGUAGAAGUUCAUGGGAACCAGACCGUCUUGACGUCCAGCAAGGCGGGCAGGGAUGGCGUCCUGAGGGUCAGCUUCCUGUACCGCACUGGGACGUGGGUCAUCAUCACAGCCUCCAAACAGGACUACGUCACCAACUCUGUUCCCUGGCACUCCAGCCGCAUCCCGUGUAAGUCAACGAGGACACCGACACAGUUAGCGGCAGAUGUUGCUCCUAAACCUGGAGAUAUUAUUCAGCAUUAUGCUUAAAAGUGAGGAUGCAGCAUCUAUGAUUUCUAGUUCUUCCUUGAAAGGACAACUGGAGUAAGUAAGUCCAGUUGUCCUUUCCAAAAGAGUGUUCCAGACCUCAAGUCAACUCCAGAGUCCUCAGUCCAUCUUGAACGGAUUCAGGUCUAAAAAUUCAGGACCAUUCAGUCUUGGUUUUGGUCCUUGUCCCUAAUUGGCAGAUGUUCCUCCAGCUUUUUUUUUUUUUAGCAUUACUCAACAUUUUCAGGUUUUGUUGUUCUUGUCCGAACUUUUCAGAAAGAUCUUGUUUGCACCAAAUUUGAAAUAAGCGUAUACUUUUUCAGUUUUAAUAUUGAUUUUCUGUCUUUGAGGGAGGGAGGAUUUCUACAUCAUAACAAAAAAGAGAGAAAAGGAAAAACUAGAUUUGGUGAAGGUGGAUGUGACGACAGAGUGAGAUGGAUGGAUCUUAAAAACAACCCGAGACAUAUCCUGAAUUUGCUGAAACUGAUAAUUGAUUGCACAUAAUUGGUUUGUGUUUGAAUCCUGCAGAAAUCACCCGCUGAGUUUAAGUGAUUGUUUCCUUUUCUCCUCUCCAGUGUAUGCAUCAGUCAGCCUGUACCUCCUGGUUCAGAGACCAGGAACUCUUAUUCUCUACGAUGAUGUCCUGCAGGUGCUGUCCGGGUCUCCAGGUAAAGAAACACAACAUUUCAUCUGAUUCUUGUUCAUGCAUGACCUCCUUAUCCUCCUGUGCAUGAUACAGUUUGCUCACAUCAGGUGAUCUGAUUUUAAGAAAUUUGACAGCAGACAGUUUAACGAUGAUGGUAACUGUAUUUUGGCCUUUAGAAAAGGUCAGUUUGACCUCCUGACGGUUAUUCUAUCAUCACGCCGUCAAUGAGACUGUAAAAACUCACACCUGUCUCCUCAGCUCACAUCUGUUCAGUCCUCCAUAGAUCCUUCUGUCUGAGUGAGGAUACGUUCUUUUUUUUAGGAGCUCGUAACCAGCCGCUGGUGCAGCUUCAGAGGAAAUCCCUCCAGCUGCCGUCAAACUCAAACUACACGGCGCUUUCUGCUGCUCUGACCACAGCCAGGACUCAGUACGAGAUCGGAGGUUUCCCGUUUCUGCUCGGACAGGAAACCAACAGCUCAGGUGGGUGUUCAUGUCAACAUCACUGCUUACAGGUUUAGGGGGAGGAAUUAUCCGCCUAGUUUUUGCAGAAGACACUUGAGACAAUGUCUAGAUCACAAAGAAGACGCUUUGGGGUUAAACACACCACAAACUUUUGAUAAUGGAGAUGCAGAUUCAUUGGCGGACACGCACAAAAUCAAGACGCCACAAUGUGGAUGUGAGCGGAAAUCUGAUCGCAAUCUACCUUUUUCCGACUGAGGACCUUGACCUCGGACUUGGAGGUGCUGAUUCGCAUCCCAGCCGCUUCACACCCGGCCGCGAACCGCCCCAGUAGGAGUUAAAGGUCACUGCUCGACGAAGCUAGAGGCUAGGUUGUAUGCAUGUGGAGAAAAUAAGAAAUGAUGAUUUCAAAGAUAUUUGUUCCAGUCAAGAAAACCUGAUUCCACUCUCAGGUUUCUCUUUUUGUGAUAUUUUUACCAAAGACAGAUUUUACUCCAGGGGAAAAACAGCGUUACUGUACAUAGAUGUUCCUUAUUUGGGGCAUCUGGACCUUUUCGUGUUUUUCCUCUUCAGUUCUAUUGAAGGAAAUGUGACCGCUUCAUCAUUUGGCGGUUUUUCAGACAAUAACGACGUUCCUGCGUACGAGUAAACAUGUGAGAGAGCGACUUUCCUGUUUCUAUGAAGCCCUCCGACAGUACAAGAGACCACAUCCUCUCAACUCUCACUGUAUAAAAAACGACUUCUAUUUAAGAAGGAUUAACUGCACAGCUGGAUUAUAGUUUAUGUCCAUUUGCUGAAACUUGUGGGAACUCACAGGUUCAUGCUAAUCAUUUAACCAUCACAUGUUCACGCUAAUCAUUUAAUCAUUGAUGACAAUCAUUUAAUCAUUGUUUCAGGUAAUUAACUGUUUUCUUAUUGUGUUUACAUUAUUUUGUGUGCUCAUUGCGGACAUGUACUGAUGAGUCAGAUAAGAAGGUUUAAUGCUAACACGGGGGCAAUUGACCACUGUGUCACAAUGUAUAGAACAGAGACUUUCAGUAUAGAAGGAUUUUAGCUUAUGCCUAGAAGUGCCAAGGGUUGGUAAGUAUGGUUAUAAACUGUUAUGCCUUAACAGUCAUUUAUUUGAAGUGUGUAUUAUAAUCACAACAGUCAUUUAUUAAAAGUGUUCCUUAUAAAAGUGCUCUAUGACCCUGACAUAUGCCUCAGAUAAUGAUGUGCCUUUCAUAAACAGAUGUGCAGGUGCUAGUCAGAGAUGUGAACAACAGGACGAGGGAGGAAGAUCACUCUGUCCUGAGAAGAUGGGGAGGUGUAAAGGGAGGGUUUGCAUGCCCAGCAGUCUGCCCAGUGGGAAAUCAGUGAAAGCUUGGAAUACAUGACGCAAAUAUGAUAAAAGGAGACAAGCGCUGGACGCAUCCAAGGUCAACUUCCCUGAAACCACGGUUUCGGUCAGGUAAAAAAAAAUAGAACAAUACGUGCUUGUUUGUCCAUAGAGAAACACUGGGGACUGCUGGUUAUGUAAACUCUCCGCCCAAAAAGAUGAUGAGACGCCUCCUAGGGUAUAAAUAUUAACUACUGAAAAAUAGUAAUCAGACCACCUCAGAGAUACCAUUGGGUUGAUGUUGUGCUCUCCAAGAUAUCUUGUGUUAUUUGAUGUGCCGAAAUAAAAGGUUUGUUGAAGACACCUUUUUGCCUCAGUGAAUCCUCUGUUCCAGUCUCCAUCAACGGACUCGGGGAAGUUUGAAUUAACUUCAACAAACUCUAAAACCCAGUCUCUGAACCAAACGGUCUGGUAUGAAACGACCUCUCUUUUUGGUAAAACCUUAAACACUUUCACAGAGCGAGACACACUUUGCAGCGCUCACAUUUUUAACACAUUUUGCACAGUGAUGCGUAACAGUAACCACAGGUGUCAGAAGUUAAACGCAGAAACAGCACAGGUGUCACAAUUAACACGCUUCGACUCCAAACUGAAAACUCUUCUGAUUCGAUGAAACCAGUUUAAUUCAGUUCAGAGGCAGCAGACGAGGAAGAACGAGGAUGAGGGAGACGAAUACUAAUCUUCUUUAUUAGUCUUAGUCUACACACCUCGAACUCUCAUCAUGAACAAAAUUAAAGAUACCAAAAAAGCAUUCAGACACAGUUCUUGGGUAUUGAGAGUCCUGAUACAGUGAGAGGAAUUAAACCGGUCAUCCGUCUCUUCUGUUCAGGUGCAGAGACCGGGUGGACUGACCUGACGGCUCUGGCUGUGGUAAGCAUUCAUCUCUUCGACAAAGAUGGCACCCCGAUCCAAGUCUCCGAUCCCAUCCACGUCUCUGUGCCGCUGCCGUCUGACACUCGCAACAGGAUGGCUACGAGUGUUCCUGCAUGGCUGUAUCAGCCAAAGACAGGUCAGUGAAACAAACACAUCAAUCAGAUUUUGUGUUUCUGUUUGAUCUGCAUGUAAUAAUGACUGUGAUGAACAUUCGUACAGGUCUGUGGGUCAGGAACGGGACGGGAUACAUCAAGAAGGACGGACAGCAGUUCGUCUGGAACGUUGUGGUUCCUCAGAUGGGAUACUGGUUGGCUGCCUUCCCGACGUCUUCAGGUAUCGUAGCACAUCUUUACCUUCCCCUCUGCAGAAUGAGCUGUUUUCCAUGCCAGCAGAUGUUCCUGCACCGUAUGUCUCCUGGGACAAAAUGUGGAGCGCUCUCUGUGGUGCAGAAAACCAGGUGUUGUUGCAAAAACAUUCAGGACGGAUUUUUGGAAAGAUUUAAUAUCACUUGUCUGUGAACUGUCCUGCGGUCUGAUGAACUAAAUUCUAACUCUCUUUUGGAAAGGACAACUGGACUUACAUGGGACGUCCAGUUGUCCUUUCAACAUGGAACUAGAAAUCAUAGAUGAUCUCCAAAAGUUAAAAAUAGGGUUAAAUGAUUUGCAAACAAUCAAAUGUGUUUGAAAUAACACACACCAUCUUGGAUUAUUAGUUGUUUAAAGUUCUGCUUAAACAAAAUUAGAUCAGGGCAGAACUUUUCAAGGAAUUCUUGGUCAUGUUUCUGUCUUGACUUGUCUCGCAGGAUUGGGUCUGUCUCAUCCAGGAUUGAGGGACAUCACCACUUACCACACCCUGUUCCUGCUCUCCAUCCUCGGCUCGCUGGCCCUGCUGGUGCUGAUUCUGCUCUGUGUGCUGCUCUACUACUGCAGGUGUGGACAGCCUAGGCGCAGGUCUCAGUUUUUAGGUUUCUAUGAAAAGGAAUGGGAUGAUAAUCUUGGAUUUGGAUUAACUUUAGGGCUGUGGUUAGAUCAGACUCCAAAGGCAGAUGAUAAGCAUUGUAGUCAUCUCUGACUUUCAGUGUCUGUUUCUCUUGCAGACGGAAGUGCUUAAAACCUCGACGACAGCAAGGAAAACCCCACACAGCCAAUCUAAACGGGGCAAAGAGAGACCAGGGUACAUCCACUUCCCGCCUGAACCUGAUUUGUGGUGGCCAUGUCGAUUCCGCUGCCUCCAACGACAAAUCUGAAAUGUCCCCGUCUCGGGACUACCACAGCUCAAAGGAGGACCUAACCAAACAUGUUCCUGCACACAUGCUGCGACACGCAAAGGGAAAAAAUAAUUCAGGUUCCCAGCGGGGGGAGAGCUUCGCUAUGAAGGUUACACGUGCAACAGAGACAAACAACCUGGACAACCCUCUCCUGCAUGAAGACUACAACCGAAGCUACAGCCCCAUGGAGGGGAAGGAGUCUGAGUACCAUCGACACCACAACGCCAACGACAAUCGAGGGUACUCCUCUGAUCCCCCAUCCCCACCCCGAUUCCAGGGAUACGUGCCAAGCCAGUCUGACAAACCUCCUGAAUAUUCAGCCGCAGCUGCAGACAGCCUUGCCAGACCCACGUCUCUCAAUACCCAACCAGGUCAGAUCAUCUUCUGCAGCUCCAUCGACCAGAUGAAGGAGAACAUGUACCGCAGCAUGGUGCCAACUCUUGUCAUCCCCGCCCACUAUAUGCGUUUGCCCUCUGAGUUUUCUAAAGAUGGAAAAGAUGGAAAAGAUCAAGAUAAAGAUGGAGCACAGAUGGGAGGAGGCCAGCAGCACCAUCACCACCACUCCCAGAAACAAGGACAACAGCAACAACAGCAAGGUGGAUCCCAAGGCGACGACUCCGAGGAGCCGAGCUGGGCAUCUGACUCCUCCGGUGGGCCGGUGACCAUCCCUGUGCUCUUCAACGACUCCACCAUGGCUCAGAUGAACGGGGAACUGCAGGCUCUGACCGAGAAGAAGCUUCUGGAGCUGGGCGUCAAGCAGCACCCAAGGGCAUGGUUCAUCUCCCUGGACGGACGCGCCAACGCUCAUGUUCGGCACUCCUACAUAGAUGUCGCAAAUGAUCUGAGUGGCGGUGGAGUUGGUGCAUUCAUGAGUGGUCCAAGCAGCAGCGCCCGAGACAUCAAUCUUGAACCACCUCUGGAGUCCCAAGAACGCAAGUCAGGAGUGAACCGGAAGGGGAAAGACGAGCGGUGGGGGACGGGAGGGCGGAAGGGCCAUGGCGUCAGCAGCAGUGGGGGUAAGACGUACUCCAAGCUCGCCUACCCUGACCAUAGUGAUCCAAGCAGCAGUGAAGGCCGCCCGGUCUCGCCUGAAGAAAACUCCCUCACCCCGCUUCUCGAUGAAGGCCCAUCCUCCCGAGGAUCCACCAUCCCCAGGAGAGGGCGCAGUCGUGUGAACAGCAGCCGCAGCAGCAACAGCGAGAACCGCCGCGACUCCAUGACCAGCCCUGAGGAUGACCCCGAUGACAAAGACGAGAACAAGAAGAGUCCCUGGCAGAAGAUCGAAGACAGGCCUCUCAUGGUCUUUCAUCCCAGGAAGUGAGCAGUGUGAACUCAUCCGUCACCAGACCUUUUUACGGUCUUUUCAAGGAGGGAAUCGGAGUGAAGUGUUCACAGAGAUCUCACAAUAAGCACAACCAUGCUUCACUGGUCCAUUUUCAGGUUGUUGUUUGACCUUUGUGUUUCUGGUGAGGUGCUUUUGCACUUUGGUAGUCUCACUGUCAGCGAAUUCCACUGGUACCCACUGAGAAGAUCUGUGGAACUGAAACCCUAUCCAGUUUAUUGUGAAUUGUGUCACCUCUCACACCACUGAACCACCAUCUGAGCCAUUGCAUCUACUGACUGUGGAAAUAGCCAUUUUAUAGAGCAAAAUAUAAGAGUAAAGCACUUACUAACAAACCCCAGUUCUAUAGGAGUCGGGACACUGUGUACAAAGUAAAUCAAAGCAGAGGUAGAUGGUUUGGAAAUCAUUUAGAGACGAUAUUUAAUGGAAAUUGGUCAUUUAAAAAGUUGUUAUAUGAGUUAAAGAUUUGAUGCUCCAAUGCAUUUUAAAACAGUUAGAACAGGGACAACGAAACACUAAAAAAGUUGUGUAAUCUUUGACGUUCAUUUUUAGCAGGUUGGGUAUAAAAAGAUCCUUCAGGGAGGCUGAGUCCCUCUAUGAGAGACUGGAAAAAUGCUCCUCAAAGUAAAAUUGCUACUAAUUAGUGGUUUUUAUCAUCUGUAGUACAUUAAAAGAACAUUUUACCCAGGGUCCCAACUCUUCUGGAAUUGUGGUUGUACUUUGAUAGUUGAUGUAGAUGGAGUUUUUACGGGAUUGAUGGGUAUUUAGGUGAGAUAGAUUUCCUUCCCUGGACUCCCUAGGUUCAUAUCAUCGGUAGAAGAUCUGUGCUUGUUUUUCCUUUCUAUACCUUGUUCCCUUGACUGUAUCUAGAAUAAGUUCCUGUAAAGGAAACGUCGUCCCAGAGCUUGAAUAUGUUGGGAACCCAUCAGUUGUUCUGAUUUCUAUCCCCCCUGUGAAUGGAUAAUGCAAUCUAUGAGGUCCAAUGUGCGGCUUGCAUUUUGCUCCUUCAGGGAUGUACUUGAUUUUCUCUUCUUCCUGUAAUGUGUUCAUGUGUUCGAACUACUUAUCCAGAUUUGAAGUGUUCAGCAUCAUCUUCAAGUUUCUGUCACCCUUACUGUCUUGAUUAAUCUACAUUUCCGCCAAAUUUUGCAUAUCUGCCUUUCUCCUAUCGUCGAGGCAAAGACUUGAAUCUUUGCGGUUUCCUGUGGUGUAAAUAGAUUCCCAAACAUUUGAAAGACCAUUUGGUAUCGAAAGAUUGCAUGCAUACACUAUGAAUGUAUGAAAUAAACAGAAGGCACCAAAAGCCCCCACGUUUCUUAGGGCUCCUGCGUAGACAACCCUCAACCACCAUCACUUUACUUGAAGACUUCCUGUUUGAUAUCCGACUGAGAUCUACAGGGGUUGUUUGUAGGCAGGACCUGUACCACUCCUCUCCUGUAAGUGCCUUCUUUCACAAAGAAUCGAGUGAUAGGCAUGCAGGUCCCUUUUUAAGAUGCAGUUCGUCAUCAACUAAACCUAUCCGUCGAGAUCGGCGAGCACUAAUAAGCACACUGCAUUGUGGUAACAACAACAACAACAACAACAAAUCGUCACUCUGGGGAGCAUGCCUGCCAAAACGUACGACUUUUCUUGCGGCUUUUACGUCCUUGAAUAUCUUGAUUUCUUGUAUCUAUCCUCUUUUUCACCAAACUUGUAAAUGGUAUGAUGAUAUAUGAGAUUUUACGUGUAUAACGAUGUGCAUGUAACUUGUAGAAUAGGGUGUUUUUAAUGAGACCUUUUUUGAGCUGAUCCAGGAUGUUUGGCGUUGGAAAAAGAAAAAAAAAAAAAAGUGAUGCACUGAUGCAUUGAAUUGUGUUGCCAAAUGAACUCGGUCAAACGAAGAUACACUGACUUUUCCCUUAAUCCAGUUCGAACAAAUCACUUCCGGUCGUAAAUGUUUACAACGAUGACAUACUGACCAACACACGCCCGCUGUUUCGAGCAUCACCACUGCCUACGAUGCAUCAGCAACUGUGAAUCAGUCGCCACAUCAUGCCGAUUCUCAAUCCGAAGUCCUGGUUUAUUGAGGAGGGAAAAUCUUAGAGGCUGUAUAAAAGGUAAUGCUGAUUUGUUGGUCCUUUUCACCCAUUUGCUUGCUGUUCAUAAGCGUGUGUAGCCUACAGUACAAACUGAAAAUGUGAUGUGAUUCAAAGUGUGAACACGGCCAUGAAUCGACUCCUACUGAACUGUGGUGUCCACUGCUGUAAAUGUACAUUAUUUUGGACCAGAUAUGGUGUUAACUAUGAGUUGUGCAAUCGUGGCUUUCUUUAAUUUCUUUUGUUUUAAGAGAGAAAAUCUUCCUCUGUAGAUUUUGUGAACCUGUGUUUGGACGGAGAGAGGAUUCGGUCCCGGGAACUGGAUCCUGCGAGGACUUGAAGAAGGGUAAAAAGGUUUGAUGGUUUUAUCGAUGAGGAUUGAACUGUAGGCCUUCAUCCUGUGCAGUUAAUCAUUCGCUUCAGAAACCUGGUCAGUUGUUUGUAAACUGUACAUUGAUUCUUUCUGUACAUGAGGAAAAAUAAAAUAAAUUUGUUCCCACAGUCAGUCGGUGUCUGUGGUUUUUAUUUUAAAUGUAAGGG